AUGGCCGGCAAUGCAUUUGAUAUUCCCGACUCCGAGCACACGGUUCUCGUUUCCAUUAUCGACACUACAAGCCAGAUCUCCAUCGAGACUGAUAAAUUGUUCGUUCCACGGCGCCCAGGCCAUGACUACCUGAGGGUACCAAACUACGCCUUUCUCAUCAAACACCCUGAACUUGAACGCGCCAUAUUAUUUGAUCUGGGUCUUCGUAAAGACUGGUGGAACUCUGCUCCAGUUGUUCGGAAUGUCCUUCAGGAAGGCCAAUCUCAUGUAUCUGUCCAAAAAGACAUUCGAGAAAUCCUGGAAGAUGGUGGUGUUCCGAUAACUACUAUUGAUACAAUGGUGUGGAGUCACUGGCAUAUCGAUCACAUCGGUGAUCCAAGUCUCUUCGACACUAGUGUCAAGUUGGUUGUCGGUCCUGGUUUCAAGGAACAUAUCUUGCCUCCAUAUCCGCCCAAUAAGGACUCGAUGGUUCUACAAAGCGAUUUUGAAGGCCGUGAAUUGGAAGAACUCAAUUUUACAGAGAACAGCCUCAAAGUCGGGCGUUUCAAUGCUAUUGACUACUUUGGAGAUGGCUCGUUUUACUUUCUCGACGCUCCUGGUCACUCUAUCGGUCAUAUUGCUGCUCUCGCACGAGUCAAGUCAGCACCAGAUAGUUUUAUUCUAAUGGCAGGAGACGGGUGUCUCCAUGGUGGUCAGCUUCGACCUAGCCACUGCCUACCACUCCCCUCCGCCAUCACUUCAGAUACUUUGCUCCUCAACACUGAUUUGCCUUCAGGCGAUUUAGCACUUGAGAAAUUGCGUGCACAAGGGGACAUGAGAAUCCCUUUUUAUUCGGCAGCGAGGGGCGGCGUCAGUUUCAACGCGGAUGAUGCGAACACGACCAUCAAAUACCUUCAAGAUGCAGACGGCAGAGAUGAUAUCUUCGUCGUCUUCUCCCAUGACGAUGUGUUGCUAGAUGUUGUCGAUUUCUUCCCUAGCACUGCAAAUGAGUUUAUGCAGAAAGGCUGGGUGCAAAAGAGCAAAUGGGCAUUUCUUCGAGAUUUUAUCAAAUCCGAGGCAGAUACAGAUGACGGCGGUAGAGGCGGACAUCAUCUCUCAUUGAGGAGUGAAGGAUAUGGUGGAGAAGGUGCGGAAUGA